AUGCAUGGCGACCUCGCUCUCCAGCUCGUCACCGCUGCUCAUCGCUCGACCCUCGCUUCUGCUCCCCAACUCCCGAUCCCAAAGUACGCUCUCCAGCUCAUCCUCUCCAUCUGUCUCGAGACACGGCAGCUCGGCGUCACCAUUGCCGCUGCGACGGAGCAACAUGGCGUUUCAUUGUCGCAAGACCGAGGUCUCGUCUGCGCCCUCACUGUCCAGCAUCUGGCCGCGCGACGAAACAAACGAUGCAUGCUGGCGUACCUGGCGAACCGCAUCGGCGGCAUCAAGGAGCGCUGGUGGGACGCCGGAGGAGCCCUGUCAUUCGUGCUCUCCCAAGAGACGGGAGACCCCGAUGCCCCCGACCUGCGCUCGGCGCUGAGUCCGCAAGAGCUCGACUUCCUGCGCAGCUACAACAGCAUGGUGCUCGACUACAAGAGCGACUUCCUCGACGUGCUCGACAUUGCGGCCAGCAUCGACAAGCCGCCUGGAGAACUCAUGGCGGACGUCCGUGUCAUCAAGGACGCUGGAGAAGUCAUCCUCGAAGGAGGCGAGCGGGUCGAGUUCAGGAAAGGAGAACGGUUCAGGUUGGAGCGAGCUCAGGUUGAGCGACUCAUCACGCAAGGCUACCUCGAGGAGGUGUAA